AUAAUGAAAAAUAGUGUUUUCUUUCAAUUCUCCUAUAAACUCUAAAGGUCAAAAAAUGAAACUGAUAUGAUAUCAUAUUUAAAGAUAUAAAAGCAGAAAUCAAUCAAUAAAGUUAUACAUUAUCACAGUAGGUAUAAUUAUGAAUUAUUUAAUUGCAUUUGUGCUGUUGUUCGCUGUUGCGGCAGGCGAUCGCCACGAUGAUAUCAAAGCAGCUGCCGAAGCAUGCAAUUUGAAUAAGGUUGUCCUUCAAAGUCAAGACAAAGAAAAAAUAGGUGAAACGGUUUUCUGUGUAAACAAGAAAAUUGGUCUCAUGAAUGACGAUGGUAGCCUUAAUGAAAAUGUCUUUAAGUCCGAUGCAAAAUUAUGGAAUUCUGAUGACGCUUUAACUCAAAAAAUCUUCAAUAACUGCAAAGAUUUAAAAGGUGAUACUCCUACCAUUAAGGCGUAUAAUCUAGCCAAGUGUAUUAAAGAAAAUAGAAACUAAAAAUAUGUCUGUUACAGUUAAUACCAUCUGAAAAGAUGUUUGCCAUCAUUUGUGAUAAUAUUAUUUUGGAUCUUUUCUUAUGCUAUUAUAUUAAUUUUGUGAUAUCGUAAUAAAUUUUUAAAAUAAACGUUGCAGUGUA